GUGUUUUAACACAAGUUUUUAAUUGGUUGACAGUCUGACAGUUUUUGACAUGUAUAACGGUAGUUUGUUCCAAAGUUCAGCUUCUGCAUCUGUUUCUUGUAACUCUUUUUCAUCCGUUUCUUGUAAUUGUUCAUUGUAAUCCUCUCCCAUUUUGUAAUCAAAGAAGUAUAUGCAAUAUUAAGUGAAAAUAUACUCGAGGACUUUUUAGUUCAUGAUCUUCAUCUUUUUUCAACUUUAUAAUGCGGCGUCUGCUCUACUAAUAUUUUCUUUUUAACCUUGCCGUAUUUCACUUCUAGACCAAAUGACUUCGAGGGUUCGGGCAGAACAUCACGCUGUCGUUACUGACGACCUUAUAGCUCAAUUUGUCAUUAUCGCAAGAAAGAGAAGAAGAGAGGGCGUACCGAUUAGUAAUACUAGAGAAUCUAUCUCUAUGCUUGCAAGUGAUAUAAACUCGUGCUCAAUAUUACAUGUAGGGCCUAUACCUGUAGUAGUCGUGUCGUACAAAACAAUACGCGAGUUUCUUCUGCAGACGACAGUAAUUUGAUCGCCGAUACCGCGAUGAUAUCUUAUCCGAUUACCAUGUGCAUGAUGGGAUGAUUGUCUGGCUGAUUUAUCCACGACUUACCGUUUUCAUUAUAAAUCUAUUCUGUUGCUGUGUAAGGAAACGACCGUUGUAUACUCUGGAUGAGUUGACGUCGACCAUUAGUAUCGUGAUGAUCCAAUUAUCAUCAGGAGACAAAGCAUUCUGAUCGCGAAUCCAGCUUCGAUAAUUUGUUUGUUUUGAGAAAUUAUAACUGGAAAUUAAACUCUUGGGACAAAAUACCGUCAGAGAGAAUCGAGUUCCCUCCUGCCUCGUGCAUGUAUUUACGAUGCUUUCUUCAUUAAAGCCAGAGGCAUGAUACAACAUAUUUUGAACUGCGCUUCUACUUUAGAAUUGUUAUAAAAAUGUUAUACGGAUUGCAAUCUAUCAGUUCUUCGGAUGGCUUAGGUGUAGUGAUAAAUCUAACAGCAGACAUGCGUUUCAAUCAGACUCCUCCUACGUUUAACCAGAUGAGCCUGCCUCUCGGGGUUGAGAUCCUUCUGACUGGGGUCCUAUGUAUUAUCAUCUGUGUAGCCAUUAUCGGCAACUCCAUGGUGUGUUUAGCCAUCUCGAGGUCUCGGACACUUCGAGCACAGGUCGCAAAUGUAUUCAUCGUAAACCUGGCUAUUACUGAUCUCGGGUGUGCUAGUCUGGUCAUGCCUUUCUCAUUGGUGUCUGUCUGGUUUGAUCACUGGAUCUUCGGCAACUUCAUGUGCGAUGUCGCAUGUUUCUUCAACUACUGUUUCAUCAUCGUCUCCAUGCUGAGCCUCGCCCUCAUCAGCGUGGAUCGCCACAUCUAUGUCGUUCACCCGUUCAGAUACCAAGGUAUGGUGACGCAUCGUCGUGCCUUCGUGCUCGUCCUGUGUACAUGGUUAGUAGGGUUCAUCUUCGCUGCGGCACCACCCCUCAUGAGAUGGGUCAUCUUCGAUAACGCCGAGAUCAUCUGCGCCGUCGACUGGGAGAGCGACCACAGUAAGAUCCUUGCGUACACCGUCUCGGCCUUUGUAAUGUGCUUCAUGUCGCCGAUUCUAGUUAUGUUUUACUGCUACGUCGGCAUUUACAGAGUGGCUAAAGAACAUGCAAAGAGGAUCGCACCGCCACACAUUGUUGGACGUAUCGGUGAGAUUGAACAACCCCCAGUACAGACACCAGAAUAUGCAACAGAACAAACGCCUGAACAUGUUUGCCGCAACUUGAAUGGAUCCAACUACAUACAACGUGAGGUCUCGGCCAAUGGACAAAGUUCCACGUUGACCAAUACCCUAAAACAGAGUGCGUUGAUAAAAUCAAAAAGUCCUGGAUUCUAUUCUAAUAAAGCCAUUAGGUCUAUCUUGGUAAUGGUCUUAGCUUACGUCCUCUGUAACACUCCGUUUUCGCUCACUAAACUCAUUAAAGUUAUUAAGAUCAACAACGAAGCUGUCCCAUUUUACAUCAACACAGCCGCGUCCUGGUUCGGCUUCAUCAACCCGUGUUGUAACCCUAUCAUUUACUCCAUCCUCCGAGAAGACUUCCGCACUGCUUUCAUCAAGCUUCUCCCUAGAGCCAUUGGUAAGCGAUUCCACAAGGACCUCGAAGGCAACACUGUCCGAUCACAAAUCGUCGGCAACUCACCGAGGUUGACAGCUCGCAUCAGGAGCAACGUCGCCGUCAAUAUUAUCAACCCUAGCCCAUCAAAACGAUCAUCGCCAGCGCUCAUCGAAAAUCCGCUCCAUUACGAAGGCGAUUACGACGCGUCGAACGAAAACGUGAACGUGAAUAACGCGGUGGAAGCGAUCAAAGCCAAUGCCGAAGACGAUCACCGGAGUAGAUCCCAAAUGGCGAAUGGAGAUGUCGAGUCGGAUGGUCCUAUGAUGAUUAAGAAUGCACCUCUUGUUGCAAGCGAACGUUCACAAGCCAGUGAUGACGAGGGUUACACUGGGUCGCAGGUGCCAAGUAAGAGUCGGUCAGAAGGCUCGUUUACGACUCCAUGUUGGUGGAAAAGAUCCUCAUCUGUUUCGGAGAAGAAUACCAAUUACCAAGGUGCAUCGCCGUUAACAACUACUGUAUCAGUUUGAGAAUUAUCUAUGUACUAUUUAUACAUAGAAUAUUUUAUAUAUGUAUUAUUAUGUUCUUGAAAAGACCGACCCAUACAGAACGCGAUCUCAAAGACUUUCAAGAAAUCAAGCUCAGGAGAAUAUCAAUAACCUAAGUCUAUAUUAGUGCAUGCUUCACAAUGGCAAAGCUAGUCAUGCUCAAGGCACUGAAAUUACCCCUGAUGUCAUCUCUUUAAAGUCUUGAUAAUUCAGAAUUAUGAGAGUUCGAAUGGUAUAAAUGGGUGACUUGAAAGUUUUCCUUUUAAAGGACAGUCGAUUUGUGGCUUUGAGGUUUGUUCAGUUCCUGAAUCUGCUAAAACUAGUAACCUGUUAAUUAAAGAUCAGGUCCUACUCUUAACAAUAAUAU